AUGCAAGCUUUUUCGUCCUCCAACACUGCGAACCCAACUCUCGAGUCCGUGGUGGACAACAAGAACGGUUCUGACAGUGUCGGAGGACACGACGACGAUUGGGAAGACUUUGUGAACGAACGCAAGUUGAUCCUGGAAGAAGCCAAGCAGCUCCAGAAGCUCGCUGACUUCUUCGCCCACCCCGAGAAGACUGUGGCGGUCGAUGGAUUUGCCAAGGGCCGAAACUACUUUACCCGAGUUGCGGCGCCAGAAGUCUUGGACGAAGACACACAGGAAGAGUGUGACGACAUUCUCAAGGAUGUCCUCGCUUUGAAGAAGAACGCCAACUUCUUUUACCACCCAGAAGCAAAGUUGGAGAUUGAUUCCACGGCGUGUGCUCGCAACUACUUUAGCCAGCCAUGGGCCACCGAGCAGGAAUCCUUUGGUCAAGCCGAGCAGCGUGUCCAAGCCAUUCAGCUAGCUCAGCACAUGGCCAAGACUGCUUCUGACUACCAGCACCCGGAAGCUCCCGUUGGAUGGAAAGAUGCUGCCGUCUUUGGACGCAACUACUUCCAGCGUCCUUCGGCAGAGGACACACAGGACGAACAGGAAUGUGAGCUCAUCUUGCAAGAGAUGAAACAACUCAAGCAGUUGGCUGUCACCUUUCAGCAUCCUGAGGCUCCUCUCCAAGUGGAUCCGACCGCCUUUGGUCGAAACUACUUCAGCAGGGCUUCGGCACCUGAACAGGAGACGGACGAGUACACGGAUGACCGUGAGAUCAUUUUGGAAGAGAUGAAGGAACUCAAGGAAGCUGCUGUGCUCUACCGCCAUCCCGAGAAGCCUUUGGAAGUCGAUCCCACUGCGUCUGCCAGGAACUACUUCACCAGGGCUUCGGCGCUUGAACAGGAGACGGACGAGUACACUGAUGACCGUGACAUUAUCCUAGAAGAGAUGAGGGAACUCAAGGAAGCCGCUAUGCUGUACCGUCAUCCUGAGAAGCCAUUGGAGGUGGAUCCCACUGCUUGUGCCAGGAACUACUUUGACCGUGCGUCGGCAGAAGAACAAGACGAUGAGGCUGCCGAGAGGGCUGCCGUUCUUCGAGACAUGAAGGCUCUCAAGUCCUUGGCUGUCACCUACAGGCACCCAGAGCUCCCUGUCCAAGUCGAUGCCACGGCGUGUGCUCGCAACUACUUUACUCGAGCCUCCGCGCCGGAACAAGAGGAUGAGGAGAUUGACGAAGAGAAGCAGGCGAUCUUGCAAGACAUGGCACUCAUGAAGAAGCAGGCAGGUGUGUACAUGCAUCCAGAGAAACCAUUGGAGGUCGACCCCACUUGCUUUGGAAGGAACUACUUUGGGAGAGCCUCGGCUGUGGACCAGGAGUCAUUCGCUUCGGCAGAACACAGGGCUCUGGCCAUUGAAGAAGCAGCUGCGCUCAAGGAACAAGCCGUCCUUUACAGGCACCCAGAGGUACCCCUCGAGACCGAUGCCACUGGCUUUGGUCGCAACUACUUUGCUCGUCCUUCUGCUGACGACUCGGACUCGGAGGAUGAAGAAGAGCGUGACCUUGUGCUACAGGAGCUGGCUCAGCUCAAGAAGCUUGCCGUCGACUACUUGCAUCCAGAGCGAGCUGUCGUCUGCCAAGACCCUUGUGCCUUUGGAAGGAACUACUUUGGACGCGCGUCUGCUCCAGACCAAGAAGACGAAGACAUGGACGAGGAGCGCGAUGCUAUCCUUGAAGAGCUUGCCGAACUCAAGCGCUCUGCUGUGGACUUUAUGCAUCCUGAACGUCCUCUCUCGGUCGAUCCUACUUGCUUUGGAAGGAACUACUUUGAACGUGCCUCGGCUGUUGAACAAGAGGACGAUGACUUGGCUGACGAGCGUGAGAUCAUUCGUGAAGAGAUGGCGGAACUCAAGCGAAGUGCAGUGGACUACAUGCAUCCGGAGCGUCCUUUGCCUGCGGUCGAUGCUACUGCUUUUGGUCGCAACUACUUUGCAAGGCCUUCUUCGGAGGCUGUUGAAGACAUGGAAGAAGUUCAGGAGCGAGCCCGCGUCUUGGCUGAUGCCGCUGCCCUCAAGAAGCUGGCUGUUGACUACGCCCAUCCAGAGUUGCCGGUCACUGCCACUGAUGCCACCGUGUUCGGUCGCAACUACUUCUCGCGCCCAGGAGCACCCGAAGGCGAAUCCUUGGAAGAAGCUGAAGAACGUGCCCGUGUCAUGGCUGAUGCCGCUGCUCUCAAGAAGUCUGCAUCUGACUUUGCUCAUCCGGAAAAGCCAGUGGAGGCAGACGCUACUGCGUGUGCCAGAAGCUACUUCUCUCGCGCUUCUGCUCCUCAGCAGGAGUCUGUAGAGGAGGCCGAGGAACGAGCUGUGAUCUUGGCAGAAGCGAUGGCUCUCAAGAAGCUUGCAAGCGACUAUCUCCAUCCAGAGGCACCUGUCACCACCGCGGAUCCUGCGGCUUGUGGACGCAACUACUUCUCUCGGGCCUCGGCUCUUGGCGUGUCCGAGCAUAUCUACUCGGAAGGCUUUGAGAAUCCUACGGAACGUGCUGUUAAACAAGAUGAGUAUGGCCACUUUGAGAUGGACGAAGAGAUCUUCUAUGAUAUGCGUCAGUCCAUCGUGUUGCCUAUGGCCAGCGAGAUGAAUCCUACGGCUCCGAAGAUUCAGAGCAGCAAGAUGAGCAGCGAGGAAGAAGGCCAGCUUUCUCGCUCGCCCUCCUCUGUCAUGCUCUUUAUGGGCUCGUUGGAAGACGACCACCCACCCCUGCCCUCCAUGGGCUAG